GCCGCUUCCUGGUUCUCAGAAAGGAGGAGCUGGGAGUCGGAGUGGGCCAGCGGAGGCAGCAGACAGGGGGGUCAGAGCAGCCCUGAGAGCCGGCGGUCUGCAGAGAAGAGGAGCGGAGAGGACCGAGCAGAAAAACGCCGACGCAAGGUUUGGCGAAGAAUAAAAGCUCCCGGGUGUCGAUCCGAGGUCGGCGGGAGCGGUGGAGAAGAGAAGACGCGAUCUGGGAGGAUUAAAAAAAGAAGAAGAAGAACAAGAAGAAGAAGAAGAAGAAGUAGAAGAAGUAGGCAGGGUGGGACGGAAAAAUCCAGGAAGUGUGGAGGCCGGUCAGGUGGGAGGCGACGAGUCCGGACAGGUGCCACACCGGCACUCAGGUGUAUGACCUCUGCUGAACCUCUGAGCAACGAACCAAAGAGGAAGGGGGGUGAGCGAGAGACCCAGAAAGCAGGCUCCCAUCUUCUCCUGGGUUUAUGGACUGGAGGUGGCAAUGUCUCCAGGAGAGGACGGUCUGAUUGGGAUCCCCUUCCCGGAGCACAGCAAUGAGCUCUUGUCCCACCUCAAUGACCAGAGGAGGACAGGGCUCCUUUGUGACCUCACCCUAACUUCUCAUGGGGCACGCUACCCUACUCACCGCUCAGUAAUGGCCGCCGUCAGUCUAUACUUCCGUCGGCUGUUUGGGGCAGAGGAGGGGGGCAGCGAGGGAGGAGGAGGUUUCAGUGUUUGCCAGCUGGACUGCGUGGCACCCGAUGCCCUGGAUGCCCUGCUGGAGUUCGCCUACACCGCCACCCUUACCAUCCCGAGCUCUGGGAUGAGAGAUGUGCUGCGAGGGGCUCAGCUUCUGGGCAUCCAGUGUGUGGCUGAUGCCUGUAGAGACAUACUGGGGGAGACGGCGGAGGCAGAGGGGGAGACGGCAGAGGAGCAGAGAGCCCAACACACAGCUAGCAAGAGGAUGUUGGAGGGAGAGAGUGGUGUAGAGAAAGGGUCCCGAAGAAAAACAGACAAAAAGAGGGUGAAAAAACUUGGCCUUCAUUACAUCAACCCCUCGGUUUUGAACCCAUCACCUGCUUCUCCCGUCUCGCACCCUUCGCCGCCAUCCGACAGCGUCCACUCCCUGCCAUCUACCCAGCCGCCCAGCCCUGAACAGGAGGAUCUACGCCUCAAAUCUGGGCAGAAUGGAGACCCCAGGUCAAUCAGAGAGCCAGGGAGGGUUUCCGCACGAAACGGAGGGCUCCUUCACUGGCUGCAUGAGCGCCCACGUAUAGCCCACCCACCUCCUGUUGUGCCCUUGAAUGACAAGCUGUCAGAGGAUGAUGACAUGGAGGGUUUUGGCGAUGAUGGUAUGCUGAUGGUAGGCACGUCCAUACCUACCUCUGUAAAUGAGCGAGGAGCGGCAACGUCAGCAAUGGGAGGGGGCAGGAAGAGGAAGUCUCAGACGCCCCAGCAGUGUCCUGUCUGUCAGAAGAUCAUCCAUGGAGCAGGAAAACUGCCCCGACACAUGAGGACACACACUGGAGAAAAACCCUUCCAGUGCUCUGCCUGUGGAGUCCGUUUCACCCGGAAUGAUAAGUUGAAGAUCCACAUGAGGAAACACACAGGCGAGCGCCCCUACCCGUGCCCCCACUGUCCUGCAAGGUUUCUCCACUCAUACGACCUCAAAAACCACCUGUCCCUCCACAGCGGGGCGCGACCCUUCGAGUGCCCGCUCUGCCACAAGGCCUUUGCCCGAGAGGACCACCUCCAGCGUCACCGCAAGGGACACAGCUGCCUGGAGCUGCGCACACGCCGGCCCAGGCGUGGUCCUGACCUCCUGGAGGAUGGGAGAGGGGAUGAGGGCAGGAGGGAGCAGUCCAACCCUCUUGAGGCUUUGACCUCACAGGCUCACUCCUCAGCAUUUCUCCCCCACACGGUGCUGGAUGGUGGGAAUGGGUCGGGUGUCGGCCCUCCGCUGCUGUUUCCAGGUGACAUCGAGAGGGGGCGCUCUCUUGCCUUUCAGGCUCUGGCCCAGCUCGGCCCAGCUCACAGGCUGGCCGGCUACCCGGAGUUCUUCCUGCGAGGAAUGGAGCUGCGAGGGGGCAGAGAGGCGGAGGGAGAAGAUCCAGGAGGAACCCACUCGCCGGCUGCGCAGCGUGACCGAUGGGCAGACGAAGUGGAAGAGGAAAUUGGAGAUGAGGAAGCAGAGGAAGAGGAAUAGUUAAAAGUGUGUGUGUGUGUGUGUGUGUGUGUGU